CUGGGAUCCGCGUUAUCGACGACGUCGCGCCAAUUUGCGCGGAAACGAGCCUAUUUUUGGAUCAGUGUCUCAUCGGCGCACGUGCUAAGGUUCAGGCGGUUUCGUGUUGUGUCAAGAAAGGGCCCGCAGCCGAACGUCACGGCCGUCGAAACAUCGCGGAUAAAGCCCCGUCGCUGGACAAAUGCCAACGUAAAUAAAAAUUCGUCCCGUCGCGCCAGUCUCUCGCCGCACGUUUGCACGCCGAUCGAAGCUGGGGAGCCCGCGGGGCGGAUCUGUCGGCGACGUCGCGAUGAACUCGUGCAGGAAGAGGAACGAGGAGGUGCUGGCGCAGGUCUUGGACCUGUUCCUGCUGCCGGAUUACAACGUUGUCUCGACGACGUACCUGGACCAUUUGCUCACCCACAUUGCGGAGAACACGAAAGAAUGUACCACGGUCGAUUACGAGUACUGCGAGGUCUUUCAGAAGUGGAUACCGAGGGCCGUGGCGAUCUGGGAGUCCGGGCAGAAGGUCCCGCAGCCUGUGAUUACGUUUACCCUGAAACUAGUGGGGAUCAUCUCGCAGCACGAGCUGCGCUUCCACUACUGGCAGUGCCAGGACGUGUAUAAUCGACUCUACCGAAUCCUGCAGUUGCACAGGGACGAUUUGCCUGCGUCCAUUAAGAUGGCAUACACCACAAUGCUGUUGGAUUUGAUCGUUCAUCGGAGCGGCAGACAGUGGGUGAUACAGUCUGGCGUGUGGAAGGACGUUGUGAACUACGCGCAUUGGAAUCAGACGAUGUACGUCACGAGGGAGAGCCGGAGAUUCUUGUGGACCUUGUUGCUGCACGAGCAAAGGAACCUCGAGACGUGCAAAGAGAUCAUUCUGGCGGUCGCCGCUCCGCUGAUGAGCAACGUUCUGGACGUGCAAAUGCAUCAGGCCCUGGAGGAGACGUAUCUGGAGCAGAACAAGCUGCUGUGCACCACGCUGGACCUGUUGACCAGCAUCCUAGAGAACACUCUGUUCGCCAGCCUGGACAACAGCAUUCCCGAGCUGAUCGAGAGACUCGUGGACCUCGAGAUGCGGAUGAAGGCGUUGUUCGAGGUCUGCAUCAGCACCAGGUUCCUCCAACACGUACACAAACUGCUGCUGCUGUCGCUGUUUCUGAAGCUGAAGCAGGGAAUCAAGGAGCAUACGACGAUAAUCGACACUGACGCGUGGAACAAGUUCUGCUACGGUCUGUGCUACAUUUCCAUGAUGUUGCUGUCGAAGAAGGACAUUAUAGAGCUGCUGAAGAACAACAAGUUCUCUAUGACGUACUGGAAAAAGUUGCUCGCGUUACGCCAGUUUGUUCCGCCCGAGCAGCACAAGUUUGAGCACCAAGCCAUCACAUUAAUGAUAAUACCACUGUGCGUGUGCAUGAAGAAGAAUCACUUUAAUCAAGAUCUCUUCGAUAUGUUUAUCAGUAAAAUUUUCGAAGUAACGUGCAUCACUGUACAAAGAUUAGCUUACAACAUGAGGGACAUAAUACGGAAGGGGGACUUUCCGAUGGAGCAGAUUUGUAAAGUUUCUAUCGACAUGCUCCUCGAAAUAUCAGACAUAAUGGACAGAGACGUAGCUGUGAUCACUUUCCAAACUUUAUGCCACGUCUUGAAGAGCUACAUGCCGGACAUGUGGAGGUGUGGGCAAACGAGGAAUUUCACGUCGUCGAACGUAAACAGCACCUCUCCUUCGGAGCAUCCGCGGAAGUUCCUAUACAAAUCGAUAUUGGACGGUGAUCCUAUAGUGGACUAUCCUAUUCUGCUGGCGUCGCUGCUCGAUGGCUUGGCUAUCAUGACAGAGAAGUUUAAACUGAAAUGGCAGGAAUGCGUGGAGACGAUAUGUGUGUUGUCCCUCGCACAAGAGAUUCUCAAUCACCCCGGGAUACUACCAACGAUCUGUGUGAAGGCGUUGAAGCUGUGCAAACUCGCCAUCCAUAACUUCAUGCCGCCUAAUUUGGCGCUACUCGUGGACUCGGACAGCCACAUGAACGAGAUUGGACCUACGCUCUUCAAAAGGUUGCACGAUCCCAAUUGGGAGGUGAGAGACAGUGUUCUCGAGGUUCUCAACACCAUCGCGACUAUUUCCGAAGAUAAAUAUCCGGCAUUCCAAGACUUUCUGUUGAUUAACCAGUUUCCGAAAGUGGCAGUCGACAUUAUUAAAACAGACGGCGAGAGUUACGUGCGAGCGUCAGCGUUGACGUUCGUCACUACUAUGAUACGCAUCAACAAGCUGUGGCAGCAGCAAUUGUCGCAAGUAGACUUACUCGAAACGGCGAUUUAUCUACUCAAGGAGGAAAGCGAGGCUAUAGUCAGGAGAGAGGCUGUGAAUCUAAUUAAGGAGUUGUACGUUUAUCAGAAGUGGUCGAAAGAGGUCAUCGAUUCGAUCUUGCGAGCGAUGUGUGUGGCGGCCGUGUUUGAUCUGCACUGGGAGGUGAAGAUAAAUGCGUUGUCCUUUUGGGAUCACUUUGUUAAAUCGCACUUGACGGAUCAGGGAAUGCUCGACAACUGCUUCCCGAACGUAACGUUUUCCAAGGAGCACAGGAAGAUCGUGGCAUUGAACGAAACCGAGAUUAAGCGGAGGCUCAACAAGGCACUGGACGAGUUGGCGCGGCAAAAUUGUCUAGGUGUGCUUCUGGUUACCUUAAAGGAUGACAGUGACUUCGAGGUGUGCAAAGUGUCCGCCGCGAUAAUCGACAAGUUGAAAACCUGUCUGCUCAGGUACAAGCUGGACGAACCGCCGUCGCCGGUGAAAAAUAACACCACAAUAAAUACCGUCUAUGUUAACGAAACACCGUCCAUUCCUUCGUCUACUUACGGCGAGAAAACGCGGGAUGCCUCGCACGUUAUUGAGGAGAUCGUGGAUGCAAACGAUGCCAAUCUGCUCGCAAACAUCUACAAGAAUUCCAUGGAUACCGAGAUGACAAUAGAGGGGGAGGAGGAGGAGAAGGAGGAGAAGAAGACGCUGCGUUACAUCUCGUCCGUGACGCGCCAAGAUUUCCUCCACGCGAUCUUCAACUGCGACAUCGACGCGUACAUCGAGGAGAAGAAUCGCUGGCUGAAGACGUAUACCAGUAGUUUCGAGUCGAUUCUAGAUGAUAUAUUGACGAUGUACAAGCAGAACGACGUCAACUCGAUGGACUGUUACUAAACUUGUAGCAUGUCGCUUCACGCGUAUCUUAACAUACGAGAAGGUCGAUUGUCUUAGGACCUGAGCAGAAUGGCUGUCUUGUACUCUUAAGACAUAAGACAGUUAUUGUGCAUUACCUCAAGACAAAGGCUUAAAACAUAAAACAUUGUCUUAAGACUGCCUUAAGAAUAUAAAACAGUCAUUUUGCUCAGGCCCUUAUAUGUUGAGAAGACUAAGGCUAAACGGCUGGUUUUCUAAAACAAAAGCUUAUCAUAAAAGAGAUUCUAUAUUCUUAAAUGUACAGAUAUCGGUUAUCCUUUGUAGUAUGUAGUCAUCUAUCUUGUAAAUUAUGUCUAUAGAUACCGACGAGAAUCUAAAUUUCGUCGACUGUAAUCUACACAAAAUAUUCGCCGACCAACGAUGUGCAUUAAGCAGCAUGCGUUCUCAUUAGAAGACACGUUGAUUGUAUAAUUGUGAAAUAUUGCACAUAAAGAGUGUCUUGACAGGAGGUAAAUUGCUUAUUGCGGUUUUGGAGGGCAUAUUAUGGCCAGAUUUCCGCGCAACUUUCUGAGUCGCCAUAAAUGAGCGCUUUUCAUAAAUUAUUUGAAUAAAAACGCUUCGUCGCGCGAAUCAUACAGCGCUCUAAUUAAUAUACCAUUUCAGUCAACGUUAGGUAUUUUCCUUCUUUGUACAUACUUAACGUUCUUUUCUUUGUAUUGCGGUUUGAGCGUUUGUAAUUUGUUUCCACUUAAAGAUCACUUUUUGCCAGUCUGGUCGACUUUUAACAAAUUUUCUCUUUGUUUAAUUAUACCACUGGCGACAAUAAGCUUCACUCAACUUUGUCAAUAUACUAUAUUUUUAGGUGACAACUCACAUAUUAGCCUUCAAAAACUAACAUGGGGAAAGUGACGCGCAAUUGAAGUUCUACUCCUGUUGAUACACCCUUUAUGAAUGUAAGUUAAUGUACAUAUUUGAACACGUUCUCGAAAUGGUUAAAAUCGAGCGCGGGCAAUUUACCUUCAACUUGUAUUAGUCUCGCAAACGGAGGCAGAGAUUCUUACAAUUCUACUGUACCUUCUCUUAUGUAUUUUUGUAAUCUGUUUUUUUUUAUUCCAGCGUCUUACUUUCCGUACACUUGUCUUAUUUCCUUGAAUAGACAAGAGGCCUGUGCGUCGCCCUUGUUCUUAUCCCAAGUAAAUUCUAUUACACGUAAUGGCACAUACUUAAUGGCGUUAACAUUUUGUAUAUUAUUAACGUAAAUAAUAAAACAGCCAAAGAAAGCUUACAUGCACUUCAACGAAUAA